AUGGGCUACUCAGCCAACCCCCCACCACACCCCCCAGCCCUAACACCAGACCACCAAAUCUUCAUCUCAAUCCACCACCGCGGCGAACUCUCCCUCGACGAAAGCAGACGCGACCUCGGAUAUAGCGCCUACCACUGGGGUGUCCUCCUCGCGCCCCGAAGCCCGAAAGGUGCCUGCUGCCACGCCUUCGACGUGACCGAUGGCUCAUCGCCAGAUCGACUGCUGCGAAUGGACCAUAACCCCAACUUUGACUGGCUGUUUCGUGUGCGCUACUAUGUCAACCCGGAUCAUAGUGGGUCGUUGCUGCUGAGGAUCAAGGUCGGGAAGGUCAGAAUGGGCAAUGCAUUCGAGAACAUUCAUGCGAUUUUGCGGUCCAUUCCGUUGCCGGUUAAGGGUGCUGGCCCGAGUCAAAAUUGUGUUGGGUGGAUCCGGGCUGCUAUUGGGAAAUUGCAGGCCAAUGGUCUUGCGGAGGACUUUGAUGUUGAUGCUUUUAUGGCUAAUGCGCUGACUUUUGUUGAUCGGCGCUUGGCUGAUGUUGAUCGUGUUCCUGAUGUUAUCAAUCACUUGGGGAAGAGGAUUUGA